AGUGUUCCGUGCGGCGCAGCUCAGGCUCGGUUGAAAAGAAAGGAUGAGGACAGCAGCGGAUUCAUGAACACACACACAGAUGCUGAUGAGAGACUCGCUGAUCAACGGAAGACGCAUGGUGUCAGAGAAUGCCACGGCAAACCGAGACUUUACAUUCAUUCACUUUAAAAGAAGGCAUAUUGACUAGGUUGUUUGUUUUUGACUUGAAGUCGUAAGUCGUGCAGCUAAUGCUGCAUAUCCUCAAAUUAAAAUGCCAGCGGGGCUGAAUGCGCAAGGCAGCGGUAUACCUACUUCAGAUACGAUGGGGUCAUUUAAGAGGAGGAAAAGAAAGUCAAUCAUAGUAACAGGGAUGCUUCUUAUUGUAUCCAUACUCAUUCUGGUCUUUGGGCUGGCUGCUACAACUAGGACACAAAACAUCACCGUGGGUGGCUACUAUCCAGGAGUCAUUCUUGGCUUCGGAUCGUUUCUUGGAAUCAUCGGCGCCCAUUUGAUAGAGAAUAAGAGGCAGAUGCUGGUGGCCUCCAUUGUGUUUAUCAGCUUUGGUGUGGUGGCCGCCUUCUGUUGCGCUAUUGUGGACGGAGUUUUCGCUGCAAGACAUAUAGACCUGAGACCUCUGUAUGCUGGCCGGUGUGAAUAUUAUUCUGGCGGAGCCUCAUUUGAUAUAGAUGUCCACUGUCAAACUGCAUCUCGGGUCUCCUGUAACCUGCGUGUGAAGAGCAACACCUGCUACUGCUGUGACCUUUACAACUGUGGCAAAGAGCAUCCUCUUAUGGGACUUCAGAAUAAAGAGGUUUUGAAAAAAUUUAGGAAAUCCUCCAUGAUUUGGAACCGAGUGGAGCUGCGUGGAGGAUACCAUGAGUACACAGAGGUCCGAAGCUGCCAGGAUGUCGUGCAUCUUUACCAUCUGCUGUGGUCUGCUACUAUCCUCAAUGUCGUUGCACUGUUUCUGGGCAUCAUCACAGCAGCGGUUCUGGGCGGCUUUAAGGACAUGAUGCCGACAGCAGCACCAGAUUCCUGUGAGCCAGAACCUCUCCCCAUACCUCCACCCCCAGAGAACCCUGGACCCACCGCAUCCAAUAACUCAUUUUACAACACUGCCCCCUGCUUACCUCCAUACACUGCCUAUGACCUUCAGGGUGCCAGCCUGUUUCCUGACUCUUCAGGCUUGUCUGAUGAUUCCCAGUCUGGAGCCAGUCACAUGUGGCCAACUAUGAUCCCACCUCGGUAUUCUCCUCCCUAUUACCCACCCGAUGAGAAGCCCCCUCCAUACAGCCCCUAAGGGACCAACCUGAGGAUCAAAACCACAUGGGCACCUUUGGAUAUUAGUGUCGGAAAUCACAAACAAUUUUGCAAAGGAGCCUCUUCAAAUAAAGAGGUCUCAUCAUCGCAGUUGGUUAGAAAGGGAAUCACCGAGAAGAGACUACAGCAUAAACCACAAGCAUUCAUCAUCAUAGAGCAGAUGUAAUACGCUACAUUAAACCCUGACAAGAUUUGUCCAUGUCGACAAACCUGAUGUGUAAAAUAUUCAUGCUCUAUAUAGGCUCUGUUCAAGAGGCCUAUACCUAGUCACAUCUAGCCUCACUAUGAGAUCAAGACUGUUCACAGAUAAGCCUUAAAAAAAGUAUCUGCUUCCUGUACAGUUCUCUUCUUAUCAGUGCCGUUCUGUCAUCCUCUCAAAGUGAACGUCUCCCUUUCAAAGUGGCACUAAGUGUCGGUUCUGCAUCUCCUCUGCUGUUUCAGCAUGAGGAUUAAUCUAAUAUCUUACCUUGCAAUUGAUUUUGCACUUUAAUGUCUUCAGAUUUUACUGUAUUCACAGUUCUUGAUUAUUACUUGAGUUAUUUUUAACUGUUUUCGGCAGCUAGAUUGCAAAGAACUACUGUACAUAUAUUAAGGCUGAAUCUUAAGAUCUAACCUUCAAUAUGUGGCGUUUCUUUUGCAUCGAGUCAAGCACACAAUCACGUCACAAAUUCAAAUAAUCAUUUGUGACAAAAGUAUCUUUAGCUUGAAUUAUGCAAAGUUAUAAGCUCGUACAUAGUUGUAUAAAUAAUAAGGAUAUCUCACAUACAUCUGCCUUUUUCUGUUGCUGUUGUUUCUGUAUAGGAACGACAGGCUGAAUGUAAAAAUGAGGCUUAGCUUUAAAUAACAAUUACAUAAAUAUAAGUGAUUAUCAUUAGUCAUUAUGUGAUAAUAAGCUAGUAAACAUUCUCUCCACUUUGCAAAUAUGAUAUCAGUGUGGGCAAUGCUGUACAUAUACAAACAAUCAAACUGCCUUUUCGUAACACAACACUAUUAAGACUUGUAGUAAUAUUCUCCUUCUUGUCAGUUUAUGUGUUCACUGUGAUUAAGUCUGUAGUUUAUAUAAGCUUGAUUCAUAUCAAGAUUUUACUGAAGCUAAAUAAGUAGAGAUGUUACAAUUUAGCAAUUGUAUUACUUCCUGGUGGACAGUAACUAAAGCCAUGUGCUUAAAACAGAACCCAUAAAGUGGAUCUUUGCCUUAUUUGUUCAUUUCUGACCAUGUUUAUGAAAACAUUGUUUACCUUUGAUGUUUGCAUUUGACAUUACAUCUGAAUCGAUCAUAUCUUGUUUUGUGUGGGAUCUACACAUUACAGAUUAUAUUUGUAAAAAGGGUGCAUUUUACCCCCGGUUUCACAAACAAUGCUUAAUAGUCCUAGAUCAAAACCAGUUUGACUGGUCUCAACUGAAAAUAACUUUCACAGACAAAUCUUAAAGGUGACAUAGAAUGAUUGAACGGGGUAUUUAUACUUGUUCUGUGAUGUGACAUGUAGACAAUUACUUAUUUUUUGGGGGUCUGUAAUGCCUUAGAACUUCCUAAAAACCUCUAUCAGAUAGCUCUAUUAGGGUGGGGGCUUUUAAACAAGUGGUUUUGCACCUAUUUGGCUCCCCCUACUGGCUUAACUUGCAAUCUAAUUACUGAUUGGCUGACUUUGCUGCCACUCAAAAAAUGUAGCCAAUUAUAUUAAAGUGGAGGGGCAGUGAGAUGCCUGUGAUGUCAUAAGCAUCAGUUUUUCAGAUUGGGUGGUUUUCUGGCUGACAUUUCUAAAAGAGGCAUUUCUAUGAGACUGAGAUGUUUAGCAUGUUUAGCACUUUUUGUAUGUUCGGGAAUGCGGGUAGACUACCAUUAUUCAACAAAGACAAGGUAAAAAUGGUUUUUCAUUCUCUGUCCCCUUUAAAAAAAAAUGCCUGUUCUAUUGAUUUGUUUUAAGAUACACAUAAGUAACGUCUUUUUCUAAGGCAUGUUUUUAAAGAUGCUUCAACAUCUUAAUUUAACCAAGGCCUAGUCCUGGCUUUAGCUAAGCAUUGUGUAUGAAACCAGGCUAUAAUGUUGUAUGAGCAGAAAUGUUCACUACAGGAGAUUGUCACUGAAAAUGUAUUCAUAAUUGACAUAAUGCUUCUAAAAAUAAAAGAAAUAGAUGUAUACUUUC